AAUAAAAUAAAAAGCAAAACAGAAAGUUGUAAUUUCACAUAGACUCUUCCCUGUAAGAAUAUGUGACAAUAUGCCAUGCGUGACCACUUUAUAAAAGGGUGAAACUCAGCAAAUUAGAGAGCCAGUUCUGUGACGACGUUACGCUUGUUAGUGCAAAGACCUAUCGAAUGAAAGAAUACCUUUGAAAGAAUUUUAAAGAUGACAUUAAGAAGUGAAUGAAGUGAAUCAAAAUCUCCAUUAUUACUAUUUGUUUCGAUUGAUCAAAAACCGGUUUUCCAAUAUAAUGGCUAUACGAUAUUUUCCGAUUUUCUUUAUCUUUGUCAUCGUUUAUCAAGGAUUAUCGGCAGAAAACGAAUAUUCUUUAAAGGACGAAUUUUCAAAGAAGCAAUUUAUAGAAGAUAGACUUCAUGCAAAUAUCGUACGAGCUAGAAAUUCUUCAAAAGCUUUACAGACAAAGAAUAAUGAAGAAAAUAUUUCCGAUGAUAGAAAUGCUGAUAAAAAAGUAAGAAAUGUUAUUCGAGGAUCACCGUCUUUGGAAUCGAGAGGUUCCAAUUGUUGCGGUACUAGACACGGUUCGAGUUCAUCGUCCCGACCGGAUUACAACAGGAUUCCAUCGGAAAAUAGUCAUUACUCUCCUUCGUACGGAGACCGAAAUGUCGACAGACAUAGUUGGCAAAUUCCGAGUCGACCUACGAGUUCAAGUAUAGGUGGUGAAAGACCAAACGUUGGAAAUUACGGUGGUAGCCAUAGUGGAAGUGGAAUUUAUGGUGGUACUCAUACAGGAGAUAGAUAUGGACCAAGGCCUAAUUACGGAAGUGAAAGUUCAAACAGACCAGGAGGACCAAGUUAUGGUUCAGCAAGUACUGGCGGAUAUGGUUAUGGUGGAUAUGGUAGUUAUGGUGGUACACGACCUGGGCAUGGAAUUACAGCUACUUUCGAAAACGACAAUGAUUUUAAUCCUGACGAAGCCGAUAUUCCUGACAACAAUGUCCCCCAACAUCCAGGAACUAAUAUUCAAACACAAAAGGCCGUUGCUUUAAAAGCUUUAGCAGGAGUCGCUCUAAUCGGUGCUGCAGCAGCUUUAGCUACAAAUCCAGUUCUUCUACCGAUUGGAAUUAUUUCCGGUAGGAAAAAACGUUCUGAAAUUACUUCCGAGGAUAACGACAUUAUGGACUAUGUUUUACAAAUGAUAACGACGAAUUUCUCUCAAACAUACAAUAACGAAAAGUUUCCUAAUAAAAAAUAUGUUUCUCCGAAAUGCGUAGCGAGAUUGACUUGUGAAAUACGUAAAGAUUACAUGACUGAUUACAAUGAUGUCAGUAAAAGUCAACAUGGUGAAAAAAUUACAAAAAUACAAUUAAACAAAUUAAUUCAGAAUAAUGUUUUAAAUGCAGAAACUGUAGAUAAUAGUGUUAAAGAAUUAAUUAAAAUGGCUCUAGCCGUAAGUUCAAAUAGUGGAGACUGUGGAGUAUUCGCUUGUGAUUUCAGACAUAAUAAUUAAUUUAAGUAAUAUAAACAAAAGUUUUGUCUUAAAUCAAUCACAUCUCGACGAUUGUAAUCGCUAAUGAAAACAUUUGAUUGGUUAAAAGUCUUAUGAUUCGCUUGUCAUGCUUGAUGCGAAUAAACCUUGUCGGACACAUACGCACGUGAUAAAAGAAAAAAAAAAACAAAAUAUAACUGACGUGUCCUUCUAUGCAAGUAACAUGACAAUCGGUAACCGUGUCACCAGUAACGAAAGUUUCGUUCGUGACAUCGUAUACAUGAAUUUAUCGUAAUAGAAUAUUUUAUUUUAUUUAUAGUAAUAAAAUAUAAAACAA